AAAAGGAACAGUGAGUGAAGGCGGACAGUCGGCAGGCGAGCGGGGCGGGUAUAUAUGCUGGCCCUGAGUACCACCACACACAGUCACCAGCGUCCUCACCCACCACCGGUGCUUCUCCCGUCACUGUUGACCAUCAUACAGCUCCAGUGACACUGUCCUCAUCUCUUCCAGCAGCCAUUAACCGGUUCCUCCAGAAAUAUGAGGUGGGAAGCUGUGGCGGGAGUUACCAUGGCGACGGUUGUCGUGGCAACGGUGGCCAGCGUCGUCCCACAAUGCCUCUCCGACAGUGGCAACUCCAGAGGCGUCAACACUGACCUCUCCGGCAUCAACGACUUCAGCUUUGAUCUCUACAGACAACUUUCCCGCAACACCCCGGCCGAGAACUUCUUUUUCUCGCCCUAUAGCAUUUGGACAGCGCUCACCCUGACCUACUUCGGGACGGCGGGAAGCACCAAGACCCAACUGGAAGCCGCGCUCAGGGUUACGGACAAGGCGUCAACACUGCGGUUGUGGCGCGCACUUGACGUAAUGUACGCCCAGCGAGCCAGCAGCCAGUCCCAGUACACCUUCAACAUCGCCAAUCGUGCCUACUUUGACGACCUCCUUGACCUGCGACCUUGCAUCUCCACCAUCCUCCACAAGGAGCUCCAGAAGAUCGACUUCUCAGACCUUUACGGUUCUUCGGCCACCAUCAACGAGUUCGUGUCCACCACCACCAAAGGCCUCAUUCCGAAUCUGGUGAGCCCUGAUGACAUGGUGGACGCCAUCAUGAUGCUUAUCAACGCCGCCUACUUCAAGGGCACCUGGAGGUACCAGUUCAAACCCUCGCACACACAACCCAGGCAGUUCUUUGUCUCCCCCGGCCACUCUGUCGACGUGCCCAUGAUGAGGAUCAAGACAAAGCUCAGGCUAGCCCACUCAGAGGAGCUGGCAGCCCAAGUUCUGGAAGUGCCCUACGCCGGAGACGCCAUUUCCAUGUUGUUGUUACUGCCGGACGUCGAGGGAGAGGAAGGGUUCCGGUGCGUGGUGUCAGCGCUCACUUCCGGCACCCUGUUGAGAGCCACCCAGGAACGGGCCCAUACUGACACGGUCGAACUUUUCCUGCCCAGGUUUAAGUUGGAACAGAUGCUCGAGGAUGAUUUGAAGGAGGGCCUCAAGAACCUGGGAAUCCGUGACCUGUUCAACAGUAGUUCAGCCGACCUGUCGCAGUUCUCAGUCAACAAGGAGCUCGUCGUCAGCAAGACUAUCCACAAAGCUUUCGUCGAGGUGAAUGAAGAAGGGACAGAGGCCGCAGCUGCGACGGCGGUGGUGGCCUACUUCAGAUCCGGCUUCAACAGGGCGCAUAGUUUCGUCUGUAACAGACCGUUCUUGUUCCUCAUUCACGACAACCAAACGAAGAACGUUCUGUUCAUGGGAGCCUACAAGAAGCCGCUGACAGGCUCCUACAGGAAGGCGCAGACAGCCUACAGGAGAGGCAGUGGAUAAAAUAAAUAGUCAUGAGGAACGACAUGAGUUGUGAAUAUUGAAAGCGGUAGAAAUGCAUUUAGAGAAUGUAACACAUAGGGAGAAUCAACAAGAGAAAGAUAGAUGAAUGAAAUGAAGAUGUACAGAGAAUUUCUAUAGACAUUCUUUACACAAUACAUGAAAGCCUCAAACGGAAAUUAAGCACAAAAUGAAGACUGAUACAUAAUAUGCACAAAAAAUCACCUUAACGUGAUAUAACAAUGAGAAAAUCAGUAAGACCCGUGUGUGCAAGUCCAAAUCCUCCUCACAGCUCAUACUGAUGUUCUCACACAUAAAUGUACUAGAGUUGUAUAGAAUAAGGUGCCUCAGUACUGUAUAUAUAAAGACAUUAUUUUAUUUUAAAUAAGCAAAAUUUUAUUUGUUUACUGUUAUGAAAUUAUAAAUAUAUUUAUAAAGUUAA